AUGGCUAAGGAUCUUGGGAAUUCUACUAGUGUAGUUGGAUCAACAUCUGGAUUCCUUAAUUCACACAAUCUCAAUGGUUCCAAUUCAGAUGUGUCAUAUCAGGAUGACAAUGGGGGUGAUGAGGUUGACGAUGGUGAUGAUGUUUCUAAUUAUGAUGGCAACGAUGAUUAUAUAUUUGAUGAUGAUGACAACGGUGACAAUGAUGACUAUUUGCAUAUGCAAGCACAAUUUGAUAAAGAGGAUUUGCCUCCUGGGGUAGAAGCUUUGGUUUCUUGGUUGAAGGACCCUCCCCCCAGUGCAAAUGUCCCAUCUGCUAUAAGCACUUCAGCCCAGAGUGCUCAUACUGCAGGUUCAUCUGCCUCUUCAUUUCCUACUGAGAGUACUGAGAGUAAAUAUAAGGCUAUUGCCACCAGCAGUUCAAUCGGCACUGCAGAAUCAAGUUCUGAUGGGAAGACAGAAGAAGAAAAAGACAAUGAAAUAAUGAGAAAGCUUGAGCUUUUCAAGCAAUUUGAUACAGUUGGUGAUUUUUCAGAUCAUCACUAUAGCCGCUGUGGCUUUUCAGGGCAACAGCCUCCCAAGGCUUGGACAAAGAAAAUUCAAGAUGAGUGGAAAAUUUUGGAAAAGGAUUUGCCUGAUACAAUUUAUGUAAGAGUUUAUGAAUCAAGGAUGGAUCUUUUGAGGGCUGUCAUUGUAGGACCACAGGGCACUCCAUACCAUGAUGGUCUUUUUGUCUUUGAUGUUCUCUUCCCUCCUGCCUAUCCAGACAUACCACCUAUGGUUUACUACUAUUCUGGUGGAUUGCGACUAAAUCCGAACUUGUAUGAUUGUGGGAAAGUCUGCCUCAGCCUUCUUAACACCUGGAAUGGCAAUGGAAAUGAAAAGUGGAUGCCUAAGACGUCAACCAUGCUGCAAGUUUUGGUGUCUAUACAAGCUCUGAUUCUGAAUGCAAAGCCUUUCUUUAAUGAGCCUGGGUAUGAAAAUAUGUAUGUUGGGGAGGAGGGAGACAGAAAGUCCAAGGGGUACAACGAGACUGUGUUUAUUCUGUCAUUGAAGACAAUGAUGUAUACACUUAGAAGGGCCCCAAAGCAUUUUGAGGACCUUGUUGCUGGUCAUUUUCACGCUCGGGCACAUGAUAUUCUGUCAGCAUGUAAAGCUUAUAUGGAGGGUGCUCCUGUAGGUUCAGUGGUCAGCGGAAGAAUCCAGGAUGGUUAUGAGGUUGCAAAGGAUUGCCCAAGAGAAUUUAAGGCAGCAAUAGGUAGAAUGAUGAAUGGUCUCGUUUCGAACUUCAUUAAGAAUGGGGCGAAGGACUGUGAGCAGUUUCGUCUGCCCAGCUGA